AUCCUGCCUCCGCUCAUAUUUAUGCAUUAGGCGUCUCUGCAGUGAGCCGCCGGACAUUGAUAUGUUUUAAGGAGGUGUCCCCAGUCCUCCCUCCCUCCCUUCCUUCCUCCCUCCCUCUCGCUCACUCACUCCCCUCCGUGCCUCCUCCGUGCCGCUGAUCCUUGGGGUCUCGGUGCGCUCAGACGCGCUCGGCGUUCAGACUCACAAGCCCCCCGAUGGCCCCCCAUCAAUGGGACUGCGCUAACCAGACGAUCAGCCCCGGCUUCAAGCUCCCCUAGCGAAGGCAGGACUCCGAAAGCCUUCUUCUGGAUUACCGCACUGUUUAUCAUUUCCAGGCAGAGAGAGAGAGAAAGGUGAUGAUGCCGAUGAUGCGCCCGCGAUGGUGGAUUUCCCUUUUGUGCAUCUAUGAAUUGAUGCACGUCGGUCAUCAGAGCAGCCUUGAUGCCCCAAAUGGAGACGCCUUGUCGAGCCUGAAGGCUCUUCGUGAUGCGGGCAGGUUUGUCGGGAAAGAGGACACGGUGCCUCUCCGCCUGCUCUACAGCAAGCACAACCACAGCCAGAUCACACAGGAUGAGCUCAGCACCAGGGUGAAAGCCAGCUCCGACUCCACGCAGGUGAACCAUGUGGCCAAGGCGAGCUUCCAAGUUGAUGCUUUCGGCAGAAAAUUCAUUUUGGAUGUGGAACUGAAUCAUGAUCUCCUGUCUUCGGGGUAUGUGGAGAGGCAUUUGUCACAAAAUGGGAAGACUGUCGUCACCAGUGGAGGAGAGCACUGCUACUAUCAGGGAAAGGUCAGAGACUGCCCUCGCUCCUUCGUGGCUCUCUCAACCUGUCAUGGAUUGCAUGGGAUGUUUUUUGACGGCAAUCACACCUACAUGAUUGAGCCCGGAGGACAGGACGGCAGCAAUGGAGAUGUUCGCAUCCAUAUGAUAUAUAAAUCAGCAGGGGAAGAGGGACUGGGUGAUCUCCUCAGUGGAGAUCUACCGGAGCCACCUUUCCCCAGCCCUCCGUUUCCUGGAUCAAGAGUUGUUCACAGGAGAAAAAAGAGACAGGCUUCACUUUCGUCUCGAAGCGUUGAGGAUGAGACCAAGUACAUCGAGCUAAUGGUGAUCAAUGACCAUUUGAUGUAUAAGAAGCAUCGGCUUUCCGUUGGGCACACCAACAACAAUGCUAAGACAGUGGUCAAUAUAGCUGACAUGAUUUUCAGGGAACAGCUCAAUACCCGGAUUGUGCUAGUUGCGAUGGAAACCUGGUUAGCCGAGAACAAGUUUAACAUUGACGAUGACCCCAUGGUGACUCUGAAGGAGUUCAUGAAGUACCGAAAAGACUUCAUCAAGGAGAAAGCUGACUCUGUUCACCUCUUCUCAGGGAAUCGCUUUCAUAGCAGCUGGGGUGGAGCUUCCUAUAUGGGAGGAGUUUGCUCUCUUACUAAAGGAGGGGGGGUCAAUGAGUAUGGGAAAACAAAUGAGAUGGCCAUAACUCUGGCUCAGUCUGUCGGACAGAACAUUGGCAUCUUCUCUGACAAGAAGAGGAUCCUCAAUGGGGAAUGCAAGUGUGACGAUCGCUGGGCAGGAUGUAUCAUGGAUGACAUUGGUUUCUACCUGCCCAAGAAGUUCUCUGAGUGCAACGUGGAGGAGUACUAUAACUUUCUGAACAGCGGUGGAGGAGCCUGUCUGUUCAACAAACCCCUGAAGCUGCUGGACCCUCCAGAAUGUGGAAAUGGCUUCGUGGAGCCAGGAGAGGAGUGUGACUGUGGCAACGCAGCGGAGUGUGCCAGAGAAGGAGAGAACUGCUGUAAGAACUGCACCCUGACUCAAGGCUCCAUUUGUAGCAACGGACUCUGCUGCAACAACUGCCAGAUGGAGGUCUGGGGAGCUGUGUGCCGGGACGCAGUGAAUGAUUGUGACAUCCAAGAAAACUGCUCAGGCAAUUCCAGCCAGUGUCCACCGAAUGUGCACAAGAUGGAUGGUUACACAUGUGAAAAAGACCAGGGCCGCUGCUUCAAUGGAAGGUGUAAAACCAAAGACAGGCAGUGCAAGUACAUUUGGGGAGAGAAGGCGACGGCAGCUGACAAGUUCUGCUACGAGAAGCUGAACAUCGAGGGGACGGAAAAAGGCAACUGUGGGAAGGACAAGGACACCUGGAUUCAGUGCAACAAACAGGAUGUUCACUGUGGCUACCUGCUCUGCUCCAAUAUCUCGCCUGCCCCACGACUGGGAGAGCUGCAGGGAGGACUGACCUCUUUCUCAGUGGCCCGACACAGCGCUUCUCUGGACUGCAGUGGCGCCCACGUGGUGAUCGACGGAGACACUGACCUGGGAUACGUAGAGGACGGGACAGCCUGCGGAACAGACAGCAUCUGUUUCAACCACAAAUGCCUCCCCGUGCAACAGUUCAACUUCAGCACCUGCCCCGGGACCACCGACAAGUCCAUUUGCUCUGGACACGGGGUGUGCAGUAAUGAGCUGAAGUGUGUGUGUUACCGGGGCUGGAUGGGAGAUGACUGUAACGCCAUGUCUCCUUUCAGUUACCUCGUGGUGGGACCCACUGCGUCUGCUUCAGGUAUCACCAGCACCAACAUCAUCAUCGGGGCUAUCGCGGGCUCGAUCCUCUUCCUCGCCCUCAUACUGGCUGUUACAGCCUGGUGCUACAAGAGCUACAAGCAGAAACGCUUCAACGAGUCAGAGGUUCACAGAAGAUUCUGCCGGCAAAUGCCUCCAGGUGACUAUGUCACAAAGCCUGGGGAUGCAGAUUCAUUUUACAGUGACAUGCCUCCGGGUGUCAGCACAAACUCCGGCUGCAGCUCCAAGAAGAGGUCAGCCUGCCUGUCGCACCUGCAGAUUUGCACUCUGUCCUUCACUCCCUCCAUCCCAUCCAUUUCCCAGAACAUCUCAGUGUUUGGCUUCAGGUCUAACGGCCUGUCCCACUCAUGGAGUGAGAGAAUUCCAGAUGCCAAACACAUCUCUGACAUCUGUGAAAAUGGGCGACCGAGGAGCAACUCGUGGCAAGGAAAUCUGAGCGGUAAUCGUAAGAAACUGAAAGGAAAGAAGUUCCGUGCACGCUCUAACUCCACAGAGACGCUAUCCCCUGCUAAGUCACCCACAUCCUCCACAGGAUCUAUCGCAUCCAGCAGGAGAUAUCCAUACCCCAUGCCACCUCUCCCCGAUGACCAGAGGAAAGCCAACAGGCAGAGCGCCAGGCUGUGGGAGACCUCAAUCUAACGACGGCCGUUGCCCACUCUGCGAAAGACCUCGAAGAACUACACUUGUCUCUCCUUUUCUAUGAAUGAAAAACACAAAAAUGCAACAAAAAUGACUCGAAACAACCGAAGAGAAAGAGAGCGAGCCCCACCCACCCCCCACCCACCCCACUGGACAGGAAGUAGAAAGAAAGAGGCGUGUUUGAGUUAGCGUGUACAAGUCAGCAUCUCCGCGGCUGUUCAUCAAGUGGGUGUCAUUAUUCGGUGGAUCUGCGCGAGGCGACGCGGAGUUGCCGGCGCAGAAAACCAGCUCCACAUCCACUCCGGACCAGCUGGAGCUCAGACUGAGCUGUUCCCGUCUGCUCAAGCCUCACCGGUGGGAGCGGAAACCCCGACCCCUCCGACCCCUCCCGCCCGUCCCGCCACCCUGUUACCUCCUCUUCGGCCUCGGCUGUCACCUCCCCUCUAAAAGGAGCAGCGGAGCCCGGGCCCGUCCCCUUGUAUCACGCUGGAUUUCAUUUUUCAUUUUGACGCACGCGAAUCACUGUAGAAACUACGACACUGUAUGCAUGAGACAACCCUGUUUAUCAGCGACCUCCUCCCACUGAGAAGACGAGCAGGACAGCGGUCUGAUCUGAAAGGAAAGCAUGCGAGGGGGGGCAGUGAUUUUAUACCUUCUGUAGGCGGCUUUCUCUCCACUAAAGGUCACCCAUAUUGUAUCAGCAGUUAUAGCCCAUAACCCAGCUCAUGGAACCAGCCUGACCCUGCCCUACUCUGCUCACCCUCCCUUUCCCUUUGGUUUAUGUGUGUGUGUGUGUGUGUGUGUGUGUGUGUGUGUGUGUGUAAAUAUGUAUAGUAAAACACACACAAGACUAUGUUUUUGCUUUUAUUUUGAAAGACAAAAAGACAGAGGAGCCUCUCUCCUCUUUUUUUCUGCUGUGUUGUAGACAGAAGCAGAUCUCUGUAGAUAAGACUCGAGACCCUACAGUCGUUCUUCUGUCUGGGUUUCUACUUUUUCGCCCUCGUUAUUACGCCCUCUAACUGUGACCUCUUUAACUUUCUCCAUCCACAGCAGAAUGUAAGUAUUUUUUUUUAUUUUUUAUUUUUUAAAUAUUAUCUUAGCACUAUUUCCAUCUCUGUGAGGAACACACAGACGUCCAUUAAUGCUGACUGUGGCACACUGGGAGUGUCACUGAGGCGGCCCCUGAUCAGUAUUAAUUUAGCCCAAAUCUAAAUAGUUUAAUGUGCCAUUUCUGAGUGGAAUUAAAAGGCUGAUGUGUGUGUUUAGUGUAGUUAUAGACGUGCCACUUGUCACUCAUGUGGUUUUGGAAAUUUCCCAUUGGUAAUGUUGAGUCCCCCCCUCCACCCCCCUCCCCUCCACGUUUGGAUGUUUGAGGCCAGUGUGCUCCCACAGAGUCAUUUGAACGUGAGAAGAACGGGUGAAAUAUGGCUGAGUCGGGCCGGAACUGUGAUUGAAAUGUGCAUUUUGGAUUUAGCUGUGAUGACUGAGAUAUUUAGCCUUGUAAAUGAUUAACUAUGCUGUACAGUGCUUGCUGUUUGAGCUUGUGAAGACCAACGGCAUGACAGUUCUAUAUCAAAUUAUUUCUUCCGGUAGGCCCAUUCGUGAGACCAUAACGGGAAAACAAGCAUGUCAGUGAUCGACUUUCCCCCUCAUUGCCUUUUCCUGUUGUCUUACUGGGGUUGUGUACCGCAGCUUUGUGGACAAAGUCAGGACAGGAAGUCACGGGGCUUAAAAAGGAUUGAGAAUAGCUUUUUUUAUGUGCUCUGACUGAUGUCAUGCCAGUGUAGCUAUUUAAGGUGGAUUUCCUGGAAAUGAAUCCCGCUCCCCCAACAGCAAGAUCUUUGUACAGUUACGACUCAAUGCUCUACCUUGUGUAGAAACUGUUGUCUUAAGGCCUCAUGUUUGUCAUUUUACCGUUGUUUAGCUUUUGUUCCAGUGUGGGCACUUUUACAUUUGUAAUCCAUGUAAGCAUUAGGACUGUAUAGGUAAUACGAUCUUCACAAUAUUGGACUAAUAUUGCUACUAGUAUCUUUUUUAUUAAGUACCUUUGUAAUGUUCACUUUUUUUUUUCCUCGGCAUUAUGUACAGCAGCUACUCGAACAGUAAUUAAGUGCAUUAUUGUAAUUAUGUGUGUUGAUGAGUUUGAGUGGAGACAUGUUGAGUUUCUUUUUUCUUUCUUUUUUAACACAUUUGUCCUGGGGCCAACGGGAGCCAAACUUAUUUUGGCACGUGCUGAUCAGUAUUAAGCUGUUGUAAAUGAGAUCUGUACGGGCUCAUGAUCUGCCUUUUACCAGAGCUUUCGUCUUUACUCCGGUCUUCUCUAAGUAUUGGGCAAUGUCCAACGGUCCGACGCCAAGGAGAGCGUUAUCCGAGCUCCAGAGUAAUGUUUUUAACAUCAUAAUACCGUGCUGCACCAAGUCCUCGAGUCGUGGAUGUAGCACCGCGUAACACUCUGAGGACUCUUCAUUGGGGUUGAGACCGUGCAGGCGGCAGCGAUUUCUUUUAUUGUUGUCAAUCUUCCAAACAUAUCUGCUGUAUUUGCCUUUGCACGCGGCCGGACUGAUUGACCCGAACAGGACAAACCUGGCAAAUGUCCCCCACAGAUGAGCUGUCUGUCCCUGUACAGCCAGAGACUUGAAUGUAUUUGUGUACUAGAGCACACCAACCACCCAGUCUCAGCCGUGUGCUCCGAUCUCAUCAGACUCAUCAGCACUCUGCUCCAGGAACCUUAAAAACCCCACAUGUACUAAUGGUAAUACUGCAGUUGUCCUUUGUUCUUUUUAUUUUGCCUGUGUGCUGUACAGAUUGACGAUUCAAAAAUCAGUCCCCCAUAUAUUUUUUUUCCCCCUCUUAAUCAUUCAGUAUUGUAAUAUAUUUAAUAUAAAAUAAAACUUUCAUCAACA